UCUCUCUCUCUCUCUCUCUCUCUCUCUCAGCCAUGGCCGCUUUGCAGCACUUGGAGUCUCUGUGCAAUGCGCACCCUGAGUUUGCCGAAUGACAUAAUUACUACACUGCUAGAUCUGUACUAGAGAAAGUUCUAGCACCAACUCACUCUCAAGUUCGAGCAGUUAGUAGCCCCUGGCGGUGUUCCAGCUUGUUCCCUGGUUAGUGUGGGCUUAUUUAGCUUGAUGAAGUGGCCUUGCUCGUUUGGUGGAGCUCUACUUACAGGAGACAUGGGUAGCAUCACUACAAUUACGAGUGUUUUACUCUUCCUUUGUCUCGUACCCAACUUCACUGAGCCUCAAGUGUUAUUUCAGGGUUUCAAUUGGGAAUCUUCAAAAAAAGAAGGAUGGUAUAACAUUCUCAAGAACUCUGUAUCUGAUAUUGCUGCAGCCGGAAUUACCCAUGUUUGGCUUCCCCCUCCUUCUCAAUCUGUCUCUCUUGAAGGUUACUUGCCGGGAAAGUUAUAUGACCUUGACUCAUCAAAAUAUGGGAGUCAAGAUGACUUAAAAGCACUAAUAGGUGCCUUUAAUGAUAAGGGUAUCAAAUCCGUAGCAGACAUAGUUAUAAACCACAGAACUGCUGCUAGCAAAGAUGGGAGAGGAAUAUGGUGCAUCUUUGAAGGAGGAACCUCUGAUAGUCGCCUUGAUUGGGGUCCCCAUAUGAUAUGCAAGGAUGACACCGAAUAUUCUGAUGGCACUGGAAAUCUUGACACUGGAGAAGGUUAUUCGCCAGCACCUGAUAUCGACCAUGUAAACACACAAGUUCAACAAGAGCUAUCAGAUUGGAUGAAUUGGUUGAAGACGGAAAUUGGAUUCAGUGGAUGGAGAUUUGAUUUUGUCAAGGGAUAUGCCCCACAAUACACAAAGUUGUAUGUGCAAAACACAAGCCCGGAUUUUGUUGUAGGAGAAUUUUGGAGUGGGAAUCGUGACGACAUUAAUGGAUGGUUGAAUGGGGCUGGAGGUGGUGUUAUAUCAGCAUUUGAUUUUGCAACAAAAGGGAUACUCCAAAAUGCUGUCCAAGGAAACCUAGGGCAAUUGAAAGACUCAAAUGGAGCACCUUCAGGCCUGAUCGGUAUAUCACCAGCAAAUGCUGUCACUUUCAUAGAUAAUCAUGACACAGGUUCGACGCAAAACUUGUGGCCAUUUCCAUCAGAUAAAGUCAUUCAAGGUUAUGCUUACAUUCUCACCCAUCCAGGAACUCCAUCUGUGUUUUACGAUCAUUUUGUGGAUUGGGGUUUGAAGGACGAAAUUUCAAAACUCAUAGCAGUGAGAACAAGGAACGGGAUCAAACCUACCAGUACCGUGAAUAUUCUUGCUGCAGAUUCAGAUGUUUAUGUAGCGAGUAUAGAUGAUAAAGUAAUUACCAAGAUUGGACCCAGAACUGAUGUGGGCAGCUUUGUUCCUUCAGGCUUCCAAGUUGCUGCUUCUGGUAUGAAUUACAUUGUAUGGGAGAAAGGAGCACGCUUGACACAAUAUGACUGAAAUAAAUAGAUACACGUGCUAUUUCAAAUAAAAGGAAUGCAAAGUAAUUAAUAA